AUGGCUAUCAGGCCGGGGCCCGGAAGCGCGCUCUCCCCGGGCUGCGCCGGGGCCAUGGAGCGGGUUCUACCUAUGCUGCUGGUGCAGAUCCCUGCCGAGAAGACCGCGCAGCUGGGAUCGCGGGCACAGCUGCACCGAGAGCAGGAGGCCCUGGGGAGCCUGACGGCUGCGGGCAAUCUCCAAGUGCUCUCCUUGGCGCCGGGCAGUAGGGGUGGAAGCAGCUGCUGCCUCCAAGGCCCCUUUGGGCAUUUCCUAUGGGAGGAGUCUCGCAACAGCACAUCAGCUGACAAGCCCAAACUGCUCGCUGCGAGAGAAGGCUACGAACUGCUCGUGUACGAAUUUGACUUGAAAGAUGGAAGAUGUGACGCAGCCUUAUCACACAGCUGCGAUGGGAGGACACUGCAGAAGCUCAUUGAAGAUCGAGGUGUCGGUAUUUCCUUCAAGUCUUUGAGAAUUCUGUCCUUUCGCGACAGCAUGCCAUUACUGCUCAUCAAUGACUGUUUCAUCCUACACAUUGCAUUCCUGGGGACAGAAUCUGGGAUUUGUGUGCUGGACUGCUUCCCGCUGCCCUUGCCUGAACAGACGGCGGACACAAUUACUGAUGUGCAGCUCUGUAGGAGGCUUCUUUUUGCUCUGAGUACAGUAGGCUGGCUCUAUAUUUUUGACACUGCAAACGGCACGCAUGUGGCUCUGGUGGACCUGGCUCUCCUCCGAGAAGAUUCUGAGCGGCAGGAGCCAGCCAGCACCUCUUCGUUUACAUCACUGAAGGUGUCCCAGGACUUGGACGUUUUGGUGCUUAUCAGCUCAUCCAGUACUGCAGUUGCUCUUGACCUAAAUUCAUACUUCAGGCAACACCCAGAACACCUACUGUGUGGAGGAACACUGGAAGACCUUCCUAUCGAAGGGCCUCCAGGAGUAGACGAGGACGACCUUGUAAACUCUGUCCACAGCAUGAAACUGACCAAGGCAGCCUUUCAGGUUGAUAGGUCUUGGAGGGCCCAGCUGUCAUCACUUCAUGAAACAGCGAGGAGCUCGGAACCUGAGGUUUCCCGUUGUGCUCCGUGGUUCCAGGGUGUUUUGCAUUUGGAGUCCCCGGAAUCUGGCAACCACACUCCUGGUGUGCCAAACCACGUUCUCAUUCCAGGGGACGUCACGCGUGGCCAGUGUGCUUUCCCCCAGAAGGAACACGCCAAGACCAGCCAUCCCAGAAGACCGUGGGAGACGAUGCACCUGGGUGAAGCAGAGCAGCCCCCGGAGCUCAGGUGUAUGUCUGUGACGGGAUUCACGGCACUGUUUAUCGGGGCAGUGGGAACAACCAGCUGCACCAUCAUCCUCUGGGACUUGGAGAGCCGGAGCGUGCAGUGUUUUCCUCUCAGCCAGAAGUGUACGCCGGUAGACAGCAGCGGAGAUCAGCAGCUGUGCCUUGUUUUGACAGAAAAUGGUCUCUCUUUGAUUUUGUUUGGUUUAACUCAAGAGGAGUUUGUGAACAGACUAAUGAUCCACGGAAGCGCCAGCACCGUGGACUCCCUUUGUCAUCUGAACGGUUGGGGACGAUGCUCAAUUCCCAUCCAUGCCCUAAAGGCUGGCAUAGAAAAUCGUCAGCUGGACACAGUAGAUUUCUUCUUGAAGAGCAAGGAAAGCCUUCUUACUCCAUCUUCAAAAUCUGUUCCUGAUCGCCUGCACCAGUUUCCAUCCCAUUUAUAUUUACAACAGGUGCAAGAGAUGACUCCAGCCCUGGAUUUACUUUGCUCAGCAAUUAGAGAGAGUGACGCUGAGACCCAAAGCAAGCACUUUGCAGAGCAGCUGCUUCACCUCACGCUGUCUUUCCUUAACAAGCAAAUAAGGGAGCUUUUUGUCUACACCGAAGCACUGGAUGAGCAUCUCCAGGAAGGAGUGGACAUUUUGACGAGCUACAUCAGUGAACUUCGGACUUUCAUGAUAAAGUUCCCUUGGAAGCCAGCAGAUGCUGUAGAUGAAUAUGAUGUGAAUGAAGAUCUCCUCACAGUGUCGGAGGGCAAUGUUUGGGAGAAACUCAGCUUUGAGGAAGUUGUUGCUGAUGCCAUUUUAAAUAACAGGAUACCAGAGGCACAAACUUUCUUCAGGAUUACUAGUCAUUCUGCCCAACGACUGGAGGAGCUGGUUAGGAUAGGCCUAGAUUUGGCAUUUGACAGUUUAAAGAAGAAGAACGUAGAGGAGGCCUCCAUACUCUUGAGGAACAUGGGCUUCAAUGUGGAAAAUGAGUUGCUCAAAAUAUGCUUUUUUACAACUGAUAAGAAUCUACGGGACUUUUUGGUCGAAAUUUUAAAAGAAAAAGAAUGUUUUUCUGAAAAAGAGAGAAGAACGAUAGACUUUGUUCAUCAAGUUGAAAAGCUUUAUUCAGGACACUUCCAGGAAAACGUGCAGCCGCAGUCCUUCCCCAGGUAUUGGAUAAAGGAACAGGACUGUUUCAAGCACAAAUCUGUAUUGGACACAUUCCUCAAACGUCAUCAAAAAGAUGAGUUUAACAAACAGGACCAUAGAAUUGCAUUGAAUUGGGCUCACUGGUGGGAUCAGCAAACACAGGAACAUAUCCUUCUCCCCAGGAUAAGUCCAGAAGAAUACAAAGCACGUUCCCCAGAAGCCCUCUGGCGACACCUCACGGCUCGCCAUGACUGGUCCAGCAUUAGCUUGUGGAUGGAAGCAUUUCAGACCCAGGGACCCGGGUCACCUCAGCAGAAGUGGCCCCCUCUGAGUGCUGACGUCAUUGAUCAGAACACUCGCUGCAACAGUUACAUGCGGAAUGAGAUUUUGAACAAGCUGGCCAGAAGUGGGGUUUUUCUGCCAUCUGAGCUAGAAGACUUUGAACUCUUCCUCCUGAGGCUGAGCCGGAUCGGGGGUGUGAUGCAAGACAGCCUCCCCAUGCAAAGCUACAGGUCCCCGGAAGGGUGGGACUUUCACUCCCGCCUCAUCGCCUACUGUGUGGAGCACGGCCUACAGCAUCUGCUCUACCUCUAUCUCGACUACUACAGACUUAGUCCUGGAAAUUGUCCUUUUUUGAAAAAGAAAGAACUCCAUGAAGCUCACCCUUGGCUUGAAUUUUUGGUUCAGUGCCGGCAAGUUUCCAGUAACUUAACAGAUCCCAAGCUGAUCUUCCAGGCCAGCCUUGCAAAUGCUCAGAUCUUGAUUCCCACCAACCAGGCCAGUGUGAGCAGCAUGCUGUUGGAAGGGCACACCCUCCUGGCGCUGGCUACUACCAUGUACGCCCCCGGGGGCGUCAGCCAGGUCAUUCAGAAGGAAGAAAGUGAGAACUGUUUGAAGAAAGUGGAUCCCCAGCUACUGAAGAUGGCCUUGACGCCCUACCCAAAGCUCAAAGCCGCCCUCUUCCCACAGUGCACCGCUCCUAGUGUUCUACCCUCUGAUAUCACACUCUACCACCUCAUUCAGUCCCUGCCGCCCUUUGAUCCCAGCAGAUUGUUCGGCUGGCAGUCUGCCAACACACUAGCAAUAGGAGAUACAGCCAGUCAGCUCCCGCACUUCUCCAGCCCUGACCUGGUGAGUAAGUACGCAGUGGUGGAACGACUGAAUUACGCAUAUUACUUACAUCACGGACGCCCGUCAUUUGCCUUCGGUACUUUUCUGGUCCAGGAGUUACUCAAAAGCAAGACUCCCAAGCAACUGAUCCAGCAAGCAGGCAAGGAGGCCUAUGCCCUAGGGCUGUCCUCCCUCCACAGCCCUUCGGUAGGGGCCGCCUGUGUGUGCUUCUUAGAACUGCUUGGCAUUGGCAGUCUCAAGCUCAGAGUUGGCAUGAAAAUGGCAAAUGUAGUUUUCAGCUACAAGUGUAGAAAUGAAGAUGUCCACCCCAGCGUCAUCAGAGAGUCUCUAGCCGAGAAGCUGUCUAAGCUUGCUGAUGGUGACAGAGCAGCUGCAGAGGAGUUGCUUGUACUCUUGGAAGAAGGCGUGUGGAACAGCAUUGAGCAGCAGGGUUUCAACAGGUUGUCCAGUGAGUCCAGCAGCCAGUGGGCAUUAGUGCUACAGUUCUGCACACUCCACGAUAUGAACCUGAGCGUGUCCUACCUUAAAGAAUGUGCCAAAGCGAAUGACUGGGUACAGUUCCUGGUUCACAGCCAGCUCCAUAACUACCGCCCAGAAGAGGUGGAAUCUCUCCUUCAGUUCUUCAGUCCAGUCCUUCAGAGCCACUUGAAGCUGGCUUCUGAGAAACUGUCGGCAAGGUGCAUCUCUAGAGCAGACAGCGAUGGAGACAGCACAGGCCUCCAGGAGCUUCAGAGAAGCACAGGAGAAAUGAGUGAUUUGUUUGAGAUUCUCCACCGGUGCUCGGAGGAGUCAGCCUCUUGGUGCUGGCUGCUAGCUGAGGCAGUGAGACAGCGGGCUCCUAUCCUCAGUGUCCUGGCCUCGUGUCUCCAGGGUGCUGGUGCUGUCCCCUGUCUCUGUGUUUGGAUUGUCACCUCUGUGGAGGACAAGGUGGCAGCCGAAGCAACAAGACACAUCCAGGUCCCUGUAGAGGAGCAUCCGUGGAGCCUCGAGGACCUGUCCAUUAUCUGGAAAACUGUAUUGACAAGACGGAAGAGCCACACUCUCAUCCGAGGCUUCCGACUUUUCAUUAAGGAUUCCCCACUUCUGUUGAUUAUGGAGAUGUACGAACUGUGUAUGUUCUUCAAGAAUUAUGAGAAAGCCAAAGUCAAGCUCGUGCAGUUCCAGAAAAGCCUCGACACGCUUGACACAGCGGCUACAAGGGCCCUUCCUAUCAUACCUGCCACAUGGAUGAGGGAUCAGGUGUGUUUCCUUUUGAAGCUGAUGCCACAGCAAUGUGAGACGCAGUACGAGCUGGGGCAGCUCCUGCGGCUGUUUGCCGGGGCCGAGCACCUCUUCUCCGACGGCCCAGAUGUGCAAAAGCUCUGUGUGCUCAGCCAAGUACUGAAGGACACAGCCAUCGCCAUCAAUCCUGCGGUUAUUUCCAGCUACAGCACUGAGAAUUUUCAGCAUGAAUGUAGGUCUAUCGUGGAGAAGCUGAAGGCAGAUGGGCAGUUUGCCGCGGCCAGGAGAGUGGCAGAGUUAGCAGCCUUACCUGUGGACAGCUUGGUUACUGAACAGUUGAUCCAGGAGAUGCAGACCCUAACACACCCUGAGCGAUGGGCCCUGAAACAUGCAAGAAUCGACUUCUGGAAAAAAUGCCAUGAAACUUUUAAGAAGAACUCCAUUUCAAACCGAGCAGCCUCCUCCUUCUUCUCCGGCCGGGCCCCUGUGGAGACUGAGCAGGGCAGCCUUGAAGAGCGCCAUCUGCUGCUCACCCUGGCGGGCCACUGGCUUGCCCGAGAAGAGCCGGUUCCUGUGGAGGAGCUGCAAGAGCUGGAGAAGCAGGUUUGGGUCUGCCGCAUCGCCCAGCAUGCCCGUGGAGGGAACGCGGAGGAAACCAAGCCCGGCCUCUCCCAGCAGACGUCAGCUGGGGCUGAAUUCAGCCUUGAUAGCCUGGCCGCCGAGUUUUCCUUCUCCAAGCUUGCUGCUCUGAACACAUCCAAAUACUUAGACCUUAACGGCCUUCCGUCCAAAGAGACAUGUGAGGGCACACUGAACCGCAAGCAGCAGGAGUCACUGAACGUUUUGAUUGGACAGCUGCUAGAUGGCGGCUGUGUGCAUGAAGCAAGUAGGGUGUGCCAGUAUUUCGGCUUCUACAGUCAGGAUGUCGCGCUGGUGUUGCACUGCAGGGCCUUGGCCUCCUCAGAGGCAAGUACGGAAGACCUGCACCCAGAGAUCCGAGCCCUCCUCCCGAGCGCUGCGCAGCCCGAGGACCUGGAGAGUCCCAGCGUCCCUCUGCGCAAAGUCCAUAGCACUUCGAGUUUGGAUAGUCAGUCAUUUGUGAUGAUGCCACCCACGGAUGAGGUGGCGAGGAAUCUCCAGGCUCUCACGAGCAAGUGCCUCCGUGGAAAGAACUACUGCCGGCAAGUCCUCUGUCUGUAUGAACUUGCCAAGGAGUUGGGCUGUUCCUAUGCAGAUGUUGCUGCCAGGGAUAGUGAAGCUAUGCUCCAAGCAAUCUUGUCUUCUCAGCGGCCUGACCGAUGCAGACAAGCCCAGGUCUUCAUCAGCACCCAGGCCCUUGAGCCAGACACUGUGGCCGAACUAGUGGCGGAAGAGGUGACACAAGAACUGCUGACCCCAUCAGAGGGAACAGGAGAAAAGCAGCCCUUCAACCCAGCAGAGGAAAGCCAGACAUUUCUUCAGCUAACUGCUGUCUGUCAAGACCGCACAUUGCUAGGCAUGAAGUUGUUGGACAGGAUUCCCUCCGUUCCCCACGGGGAGCUCUCUUGCACUACAGAGCUUCUGAUCCUGGCCCAUCACUGCUUCACCUUUACGUGCCACAUGGAGGGCAUCAUCAGAGUCCUACAGGCAGCCCGGAUGCUUACAGAGAACCACCUGGCUCCCAACGAAGAGUAUGGACUGCUGGUACGCCUCCUCACCGGCAUCGGAAGGUACAAUGAGAUGACGUACAUAUUUGACUUGCUCCAUCAAAAGCACUAUUUUGAAGUUCUGAUGAGGAAGAAGCUAGAUCCGAGUGGCACCCUGAAGACAGCCCUACUAGACUACAUCAAACGCUGCCGCCCUGGAGACAGCGAAAAGCACAAUAUGAUUGCUCUGUGCUUCAGCAUGUGCCGGGAGAUAGGGGAGAAUCACGAGGCAGCAGCCUGCACCCAACUGAAGCUGAUUGAGUCUCAGCCCUGGGAGGAAAGCCUCAAGGAUGGAGCCCAACUUAAACAGCUCCUGCUUAAAGCCCUAACUCUGAUGCUGGAUGCAGCAGAGAGUUACGCCAAGGACUCCUGUGUGCGACAGGCCCUGCAUUGUAACCGGCUCACCAAGUUGAUAACACUACAGAUUCACUUUCUGAACAGUGGCCAGAAUACAAUGCUUAUCAACUUGGGCCAUCAGAAGCUAAUGGACUGCAUCAUGGCCCUACCUCGGUUCUACCAGGCUUCUAUUGUAGCAGAGGCCUAUGACUUUGUUCCUGAUUGGGCUGAAGUUCUCUACCAACAAGUGAUUCUUAAAGGAGAUUUUAGUUACUUGGAAGAAUUUAAGCAGCAGAAGUUACUAAAACCCAAUAUAUUUGAAGACAUUUCCAAAAAAUAUAAACAACACCAGCCUACCGACAGGGUCACAGAAAACCUGAAGAAGUUACUCUCAUAUUGUGAAGAUAUCUACCUGUAUUACAAGUUGGCAUAUGAACACAAGUUUUUUGAAAUUGUAAAUAUGCUUCUGAAGGACCCUCAAACGGGAUGCUGCCUUAAAGAUAUGCUUGCAGGUUAGAAGAUCUGAAAGGUGCCUGGUUGCUUAUUUGUACCUACAUGGCUCUAAAGAAUAUCCAGUCAUAACAUAUUUGAAGAUCUUUAUCCUCAUUUGAGGUAAAAAGCCCAGAGAUAUACCACACCACACCAGUCACCUGUGGCCAUAGGGAAUGGAGGAGAAAUUGGUAUUAAGAUCAAAAGCUUCUUGUUAGAAUGGCUUCUACAUCAGAGAAACAGUAGUGAUUAAAGAAUACCUGUGCCUGCAGGUUCCAGUUUCAAAGUAAUUUAAUCUUAUUUACACAGUUAAGGAACAGGUGAUACAUUUUCAUGAGUUAGAAACUGAUCUUUCUAUAAUAAAAUAGGUUUUAAUUCAGUGUCUACCAUUAUUACUGCUAAGGAAAUCUUAGCCCUUGUCUGCCUUCAACAGUAUUUACUGUAAUUAUUGCUGUGUAGUCACGGCCUUCUAUUAAUUCAAGUUAAUUAGAUGGUCCUGUUUUCCACUUAGUCUACAGAGCUUUAAGGUUCCUAUUGCCUAUGGAAGAGAAAUUAAAAACUUUUUUUUGUUGUU